CACAUUACAAUUAUGUAUAUAAUAGUAUAACAAACAACUACACCAGAAUAAUCCAUAUUUUAAACUAAUGCAAAAGUAAUAAUAAUCUAAUGAUAACAGUCACAGGGGACAUCUUUCUGCUUUAAGUACAUUUCCCCAAUUAUACUGAGGCCAACAUACCUUUUCAAUACAGAAUUGUUUUGUGUUGUAACACAUUAUUUGUAUUGUGGUAGUAGUACUUUUACUUUGGUAAACUAAAUACUUCCUCUACUGUGUAAGCGUUAUUUUAUUACCAUUUUUAUUUAGCAUUGUAUUACUAUCUAUCUAUCUAUCUGUCUAUCUAUAUUUAUUGUUUUGUUUGAGUAUUUUCAAUGUUUACGUGAUGACGUCGCAGCACGUCACGUUGCGCACGCACGUCAGGGGUCGGAGUUGAAAGCUUGACGGAGGAGGGCUCGUGCUCGUGCUCGCGCUCGGACGGUUCGCGGGAAAACGUCCCAAAACAAAUCGGUUCUGGCGGAGCGCGCGCGCGCAACUUCGGACACAAAGUUUGAAACUAAUCGAUCGAUCUGAUCGACGGGAAGCGUCGUAUUACCAUAGCAACACCACAUACUGCUGUGAAGCUCAACGAGCUGCGAGCUAACGCGGCGGUUAGCACGAGCGCGAGCGGUAACGGUGGCGACGGCUUCAACGGACUUUUUGAACCAGGGACAGAAAUGGCGGAAAGACCCGAAGAUCUGAACCUGCCGAACGCGGUGAUCACCCGAAUCAUCAAGGAGGCGCUCCCAGACGGGGUGAACGUGUCUAAAGAAGCCAGGAGAGCCAUCUCCCAAGCUGCCAGUGUGUUUGUGUUGUACGCCACUUCCUGUGCGAACAACUUUGCCAUGAAAGCCAAACGGAAAACUCUGAACGCGGCCGACGUCUUGGCUGCGAUGGAGGAAAUGGAGUUCGAGAGAUUCCUGGAGCCGCUCAGAGAAGCUCUGGAAGUGUACAAGAAGGGCCAGAAGGGAAAGAAGGAGGUGUCCGAGCAGAAGCGCAAAGAUAAGGAGAAGAAGACCGACUCGGAGAACGACAAGAGCCGGGAGGAGGAAGAGGAGGAGGAGGAGGAGGAGGAGCGCAUGGAGGAGGAGCCUGAAGCGGAGAACGACGGCGAGGAGGAGGAGGUGGAGAACUGACUUAAGCCGCGGACGCCCAACGGACGAUAACAAUGCAUUCCUCCUCCCCGCCGCUGGCCGGGGGGGGAGGGGGAGGGGGUGCGUCAUCGGAGCCGGGAGGAGCUCAGAAGAGGGCGGGGAGGGGGUUACAUUAAUAACUUCUUUGAGCAGCUGCUGACUUCAGCACAAUCAGACCACAAGUCAAACUACUUCAUGCACUUCCUGCUCUUUGGUCCAUUUGAUCUUCUUUUGAUACAAACACUGUCGUUGACCGUAAACGAGACGCAGUCAUUGGUGAGCGUCGGAGUAACGGAUUACACUCCGAACAGUUCGUCGUUAUGUUUUGAUAGUUGCGUUGUUACACCGUCAAAAAGAAAUGAAUAUGAACACGAAAUAAAAUAGACGCCUGACAUCACGUCUCUCUGUGCAAAUCAACCUGCGUCAUUAAAUCUGGGGGGCGGGGGGGGGGGGCUCCGUGUUUAUCCUGCCAGAUAUUAAAUUCUCCACGAUACAGAAACGGUAGUAAAAUAUCUCGAUGGGCCUUUUUGAGGACGUGUUUCCCCGUUACGUCGUCAUAGUGGACGCAGUAGCGGUCAAUGUCCACCUGUGAUCAAGACUAAUUUGUAAAAUGAUGAUUUAAGUUGAAUUUUGGUUGGUUUUUGGUGCGAAAUUUAAUUAUUUUUGAUUGGAGUGCCUCGACUUGGUAUUUUGUAUUUGCAUCAAGGUGUUUUCCCUCUUGUGUACUUCCAGACGACAACUGUUAACAUGUUUAGGUCUGAGUUUUUGAAGCAUUUAUACUUUGAGAAUUGGCUCAGAUCUUCAAUAAAUAUUUUGUAUAAAGCAAAAA